AUACAAAAAGGGAAGUGGAAAACAAUCAACCGAUCUGAGCAUCCGCGUCAACGUGACGUGCAAACUCCCCGAAAUGUUUGAGGAGAAUUCCUCUGCUUUUUGGAUGCAGUUCAGCAAAGCGACAGGCCCCCGGGGAAACCGAAAUGUUUAAAUCCAAAUGCCAGUUUCUGCGGCGUGGACUUCUUCACAGUGUUCAACUACAACAAAACACAUUGUAUCCGCUACAGACCCACUCCCGAGAAACAGAAGAUAAAUUGUUACAAUGCAUCAACCCAGCGUACAUGUCCCCAACACAUCAGGGAGAUAAUAAUGUGCAGUGGCUGAUAUGUCAAGUGAUUUGCAUACCGACUUCCGCUCCAUAGUUUUAGUAUCUGCAUCAGCCGGUAUGUAAUUGAGACGCCAGGGGAAGCAGACAAAGGAAGACAUGAAUACCUGACAUUAACUUUUAAUCUAAGUUAAAAAGUCGGUGAACGUUGUGGACGCGGUGAAGGAACUGAAGGGCGAUAGAGAGAAGCUGUUGAUUUCCUUCUUUUUUUUUUGCAGAGUGGAUUUGCUACAUUCAUAUGAGGAGGCGGACCUCUGACUGCCGUGCUCAAUAUGCUGAAAGCAAGCCCGAUGUGUGCAUACUGUAUGUGGGAGUACAGAGACUAUUUUGUCUUAAUUCAAUCAUCAGAAUCGGGAUACAUUGCACUUUAAACCGCGUUGGAUACACAGUUUAUUUUUCUUGGCAGCAAGCUAUAGCCUAUUUAUUUGGUCGUGUUGUUUUAUUUUUUUUUACAUUUUUUUAACAGACAGAAGAUUUUAUACUAUCCAUUUGCACUUUUUUUUUCUUUUGAAGUUGACUUUAACAAAGUAGACUACCGGUUUGCCUCAGAGCUAGCUACCUUUUUUAAAAUCGUAAAAAUAAUUAUAAUCUGAUAUUGAUCCUUAAGGAACACAUGAGGGGAAUCUAUUGACGUCUAACGUUACUUCGUGGCAUGUCACACAAUGGUGUCAUUUUCGGAUGGAGUUUUGAGGUUCAUAAUAUCUUCAUUUUGAAGUUCUUGAACACUUGAAUUAGGCUAGAUCAUUAUUUCCUAGAAUUCAUUAUAGAUGCCAAUAGUGGAGCAUUUCUUUGUUACACCAACAAAUCAUAUAGACUAUUUUUGCUGUUAUAGACCACACCAUAUGAGUAUAUCUAAACACUGCUGUUUUUAUUUUAUUUUUUUCAAGUUGGGUGCAUUUUAUCUAACAACUGUUGUGUCUGACGUUCCAUUCUUGUGACUCGACACAUUCGAAUAUUUCUGCCCAAAACGUAAUUCUCUACGUAGUCUUGGCACCCGGCUGAAUCGUUGGAGAAAGCUUUCCAUUUUGGCAUAGCCAUCGUUUGAUUGAUCGUCCCUUCACACCGAGAACAAUUAGUGGCUUCCCUCACGAUGAGUUACUUCUUCUACCAAGCAGUGAUUGUAUUGCUACGUGGACUCGUCAUCUCUGCGGUACUGGGAUUGGAAAGCAGCUACUCAAACGAUAUGUUGAACCGUGCGUCUGAUGCCGCAAUUGUAGCCACUACAGACCCCUGUCUGACGGUGAUGCCGCCAUGCAUGGGCGACGCAGACCGUUUCAGCCUGGAGGCCCUCCGGGUCAUCCACAAACAGCUGGACGACGACAAUGACGGGGGGAUUGAGGUCAACGAGAGUGUAGAGUUUAUUAGAGAAGACAUGAAGCAACAGCAAACCAACAAACACAGUAACCUGCACAGGGAAGACCAACACAUCACCGUAGAGGAGCUGUGGAAGGGCUGGAAAACCUCUGAAGUUCACAACUGGACGACGGAUGACACAGUCCAGUGGCUUAAGGAGUCGGUGGAGCUGCCUCAGUAUGAGAGGAACUUCAGAGACUUCCGGUUCAACGGAAACACUCUGCCUCGAUUAGCGGCAAACGAACCGUCGUUUAUGUCUGGUCAGCUAAAGAUAUUAGACCAGCGGCACAAACAGAAACUAAAUCUAAAAGCACUAGAUGCUGUGCUCUUCGGCCCUCCCUUACGUCCACAACACAACUGGAUGAAGGACUUUGUGUUGAUGGUAUCUAUAGUGAUCGGGAUGGGGGGCUGUUGGUUCGCCUACAGCCAGAACAAGUCUUCCAAGGUGCACAUGAGUCAGAUGAUGAAGGACUUGGAGAGCCUGCAGAGUGCUGAGCAGAGCCUCAUGGACCUUCAGGGACGCCUCGAAAAGGCCCAGGAGGAGAACCGCACGGUGGCGGUGGAGAAGCAGAACCUGGAGCAGAAGAUGAGGGAUGAGAUCAGCGGGGCCAAGAAGGAGUCGUACCGCCUCCGCGAGCUCCGCCAGGGGGCCGAGUGUGAGCUCAGCCGCCUCAAAUAUGCUGAGGAGGAGCUGGUGCAGGUGCGUAUGGCCCUGAAGCGAGCAGAGAAGGAGAUGCAGACGGAGUGGUCGGUCCCAGAGGCCCUACAGAUGUGGCUACAACUCACCCAUGAGGUGGAGGUCCAAUACUACAACAUCAAGAAACAUAGCGCGGAGCUACAGCUCACUGUCGCUAAGGAAGAGGCAGAGAAAAUCAAAAAGAAGAGGAGUUCUGUGUUUGGAACACUUCACGUCGCCCACAGUUCAUCACUGGAUGAAGUGGACCACAAGAUCCUAGAGGCCAAGAAGUCCCUGUCGGAGGUGACCGCCUGCCUGAGGGAGCGUCUCCACCGCUGGCAGCAGAUUGAGAAACUGUGUGGCUUCCCCCUGGUGCACAACUCUGGGCUGCCCAGUCUGACUGCCACCCUGUACUCUGACCACAGCUGGGUGGUCAUGCCCCGAGUCUCCGUGCCCCCCUACCCCAUCGCCGGUGGAGUGGACGACCUCGAUGAGGACACGCCUCCAAUCAUUCCACAAUUCACCUCAGCCUCUAUAAUGCGGCCCCCUCUGACGCGCAGCAGCAGCCUGUGUCGGUCCCGCCGGAGUCUCUACAGCACCCCGCAGCCUUCAAUGAUGUCGGCCGACCCUGACCUGCUCUCUAUGUCCAGCCCACCCCUCUCCUACCACCCAGAGGGUGAAGAAGAACACAUCCUCUUCAUCGAGAGAAAGGGGGACACUCAGGAUACGUCCUCAGACACAGACUCUCUCAACUCCUCCAUGGGACGGAAACAGUCCUAUGCCAACCCCUGCACGCCAGGACCAGAGCCCCCCUACCGCAAGAUCUCCCGCGAAGAGCUGAUGAUGCUGAGCCAGCAGGAGCCUCAGACUUACAUCCGGGACUCACCCCCUCCUCAAGGGGGGGUUGCGUCCCUCUCGACUUCCUCCUCGGCCAACCCCUCCCCUGCCCUGGAGCACCACUCACACUCCCACACGCACUCGCACAAACACAAGGGCUCACCCGACCUCACCCGUGGCUCCAUCCCAGAGUCCCACAGCAUGUCCUUCACCACGCCGACGGCGGUCAACAAGGCCGUAUUCAACGGCAUCCUGGAGAAGUCCUAUAGCAUGGGCCAGCUGCCCGCGGGCAUGACGGGGGCAGGCGGGGUGGUGGUGGUGGUGGGGCGCAACCCAUCCCUCACCUCACUGGAUAAUGAGGGCAGGGGGGCGGGGGGCAUGGAGAAGAAACUACAGAGGACCUCUUCUCAGGACUCCUGUGACAACGGAGACAAGACCAAGAAGUCCUCGUCCAAGAUCAAGAGCUUGUUCAAGAAGAAAAAGUAGUAGUACUCAGAGAGCGAGAGAGAGGGGACGGGACAAAAAAAGGAUCAAGAUGAAGUCAUUUUUAGCCUUAAUAAAAAAUGUACGUUGUCAACGGAAGCUAAAACAUUUUUUUUUGUUCCAUUGUUCCUUUUUUUUCUCCAAAGAUGGAAUGUAAAAGCUCUGUCUGGGCACCUCAAUAAUGCCUUUUAAUGAAUUGUUUUUGCUCACUCAUAGCCUCAAAGUUAAGCCUUCAAAGGUCACAGAAAGGUCAAAAGGUAAAGGGUCAUGCCAGCUGCCAUCGCCCAGGCAACCGUGAAAAGCAUGAGACUGCUCACUCAACGUCUUCUGGUUCUUUUUCAGUUAAAGAAACAAACAAUACAUUUCACUUGUGUUCUAUCUGGGGGUUGAGGGGCUUGUACUUGACACGUUUAUUUUCAGAAAAAAAAAAUACUACUUAAGUUUGUUGCACUACUGCUUUCCUGUAUUCUGGGAAAGGACCGCCGCUGCUCGCCAAGUAAAUAUUAAUGUAUACAGAUGAGAAUGAUGCAUGGGGAGAGGCAUUGGAGAUGCAACACAUGGUAGGCUAUUGAAGCCAAAAUCGCUUGGUGUUUCCAAUGUUUUUUUGCAAUGGAUUUUAUUUAUACACACACACACUGAGUAUACCAAACAUUAGAAACACCUUCCUAAUUUUGAGUAGCACCCACCCUUUUUGCCCUCAGAACAGCCUCAAUUACCGGGGCAUUGACUCGACAAGGUGUGAAAAGUGUUCCACAGGGAUGUUGGCCCAUGUUGACUCCAAUGCUUCCCAUAGUUGUGUAAAGUUGUCUGGAUGUACUUUGGGUGGUGGACCAUUCUUGAUACACAUGGGAAACUUCUGUUGAGUGAGAAAAACCUUGUAAUGUUGCAGUUCUUGACACGAACCGGUGUGCCUGGCACCUACUACCGUACCCCGUUCGAAGGCACUUAAAUCUUUUGUUUUACCUAUUCACACUCUGAAUGGGACACAUACACAAUCCAUGACUCGGUUGUCUCAAGGUUUAGAAAUCCUUAUUUAACCUGUCUCCUCCCCUUCAUCAACACUGAUUGAAGUGGAUUUUAGAAGUGACAUCAAUAAGCGAUCAUAGCUUUCAUCUGGAUUGACCUGGUCAAUCAUGGAGCAGGUGUUCUUAUUGUUUUGUAACACACUACAUAUAGAAAAGUAUGUGGACACCCCUUCAAAUCAGUGGAUUCGGCUAUUUCAGCCAUAUCCGUUGCUGACAGGUGUAUAAAAUCGAGCACACAGCCAUGCAAUAUCCAUAGACAAACAUUGUCAGUGGAAUGGCCUCGAAGAGCUUUCAACGUGGCACCGUCAUAGGAUGCCACCUUUCCAACAAGUCAGUUCGUCAAAUGCAUUUCCUGUUAGAGCUGCCCCAGGUCAACUGUAAGUGCUGUUAUUGUGAAGUGGCAACGUCUAGAAGCGACAAGGGCUCAGUCAAGCUCACAACGUGACCGCCGAGUGCUGAAGCACAAAACACGAAAAAAUUGUCUGUCUGCACUUGCAAAACUGACUACAGAGUUCCAAACUGGGAGCAAUGCCAAGUGUAGGCUGGAGAGGUGUAAAGCUUGUUGCCAUUGUACUCUGGAGCAGUGGAUACGCAAGUUUGGUGAAGGAGGAAUAAUGGUCUGGGGCUGUUUCAUGGUUGGGGAAGACCCUUUCCUGUUUCAACAUGACAAUGCCCCCAUGCAUAAAGCGAGGUCCAUACAGAAAUGGUUUGUCGAUGUGGAAGAACUGGACUGGCCUCUACUGAGCCCUGACCUCAACCCCAUCGAACAACUUUGGGAUGUAUUGGAACGCCGACUGCAAGCCAGGCCUAUCGCCCAACAUCAUUGCUCGACCUCACUAAUGCUCUCCCCGCAGCAAUGUUCCAACAUCUAGUGGAAAGCCUUCCUAGAAGAGUGGAGGCUGUUAUUGCUGCAAAAGGAGGACCGACUCCAUAUUAAUGCCCAUGAUUUGGGAAUGAGAUAUUCGAUGAGCAGUGGUUUCACAUCCUUUUGAUAAUGUAGUGUGUAUGUAUAUAUACAGUACCAGUCAAAAGUUUUCACACACACCUACUCAUUCAAGGGUUUUUCUUUAUUUUGACUAUUUUCUACAUUGUAGAAUAAUAGUGAAGACAUCAAAACAAUGAAAUAACACAUGGAAUCAUGUAGUAACCAAAACCAUCUCAGUGGGUUGAGGUCAGGUGAUUGUGGAGGCCAAGUCAUUUGAUGCAGCACUCCAUCUCACUAUCCUUCUUUGUCAAUUAGCCCUUACACAGCCAGGAGGUGUGUUGGGUCAUUGUUCCUUGAAAAACAAAUGAUAGUCCCAGAUGGGAUGGCGCAUUGCUGCAGAAUGCUAUGGUAGCCAUGCUGGUUGUGUGCCUUAAAUUCUUUGAAAAAAUCAGUGUCACUAGCAAAGCACCAUCACACCUCCUCCUCCAUGCUUCACGGUGGGAACCACACAUGCGGAGAUCAUCCAUUCACCUACUCUGCGUCUCACAAAGACACGGCGGUUGGAACCAAAAAUCUCCAAUUUGGACUCAUCAGACCAAAGGACAGAUUUCCACCAGUCUAAUGUCCAUUGCUCGUGUUUCUUGGCCCAAGCAAGUCUCUUCUUCUUAUUGGUGUCCUUUAGUAGUGGUUUCUUUGCAGCAAAUUGACCAUGAAGGUCUGACUCAAGUCUCGUCUGAACAGUUGAUGUUGAGAUGUGUCUGUUACUUGAACUCUGUGAGACAUUUAUUUGGGCUGAGGCUGGUAACUAUGGAACUUAUCCUCUGCAGCAGACGUAACUCUGUGUCUUUCUUUCCUGUGGCAGUCCUCAUGAGAGCCAGUUUCAGCGUAGCGCUUGAUGGUUUUUACAACUGCAACUUUAAAAGUUCUUGACAUGUUUCGUAUUGACUGACCUUCAUGUCUUGAAGUAAUGAUGGACUGUCAUUUCUCUUUGCUUAUUUGAGCUGUUCUUGCCAUGAUAUGGGAUUGGUCUUUUACCAAAUAGGGCUAUCUUCUGUAUACCACCCCUACCUUGUCACAACUGAUUGGCUCAAAUGCAUUAAGAAGGAAAGAAAUUCCACAAAUUAAGUUUGUGGAAUGGCUCACCUGUUAAUUGAAAUGCAUUCCAGGUGACUACCUCAUGAAGCUGGUUGAUAGAAUGUCAAGAGUGUGCAAAGCUGUCAUCAAGGCAAAGGGUGGCUACUUUGAAGAACCUCAAAUAACGUAUAAUUAGAUUUUUUUAACACUUUUUUGGGCUGCAUGAUUCCAUACGUGUUAUUUCAUAGUUUUGAUGUCUUCACUAUUAUUCUACAGUGUAGAAUAGUAAAAAUAAAGAAAAAACGUUGAAUGAGAAUGUCUAAACUUUUAACUGGUACACACACACACACACACACCACACCACACACACACACACAAGUAGGAGGUUUACGUACACCUUGGCCAAAUACAUUUAAACUCAGUUUUUCACAAUUCCUGACAUUUAAUCCUAGUAAAAAUGCAAUGUCUUAGGUCAGUUAGGAAUCACCACUUUUAGUUCAGAAUAAUAGUAGAGGGAAUUAUAUAUUUCAGCUUUUAUUUCUUUCAUCACAUUCCCAGUGGGUCAGAAGUUUACAUCCACUCAAUUAGUAUUUAGUAGCAUUGCCUUUAAAUUGUUUAACUUGGGUCAAACAUUUCAGGUAGCCUUCCACAAGCUUCCCACAAUAAGUUGGGUGAAUUUUGGACCAUUCCUCCUUACAGAGCUGGUGUAACUGAGUCAGGUUUGUAGGCCUCCUUGCUCGCACAUGCUUUUUCAGUUCUGCCCACACAUUUUCUAUAGGAUUGAGGUCAGGGCUUUGUGAUGGCCACUCCGAUACCUUGACUUUGUUGUCCUCAAGCCAUUUUGCAACAACUUUGGAAGUAUGCUUUGGGUCAUUGUCUAUUUGGAAGUCCCAUUUGCAACCAAGCUUUAACUUCCUGACGGAUGUUUUGAGAUGUUGCUUCAAUAUAUCCACAUAAUUGUCCUCCCCCAUGAUGCCAUCUAUUUUGUAAAGUGCACCAGUCCCUCCUGCAGCAAAGCACCCUCACAACAUAAUGCUGCCGCCCUGUGCUUCACGGUUGGGAUGGUGUUCUUUGGCUUGCAAGCCUCCCCCUUUUUCCUCCAAACAUAACGAUGGUCAUUAUGGCCAAACAGUUAUAGUUUUGUUUCAUCAGACCAGAGGACAUUUCUCCAAAAAGUACUAUCUUUGUCCCCAUGUGCAGUUGCAAACCAUAAUCUGGCUCUUUUAUGGCGGUUUCGGAGCAGUGGCUUCUUCCUUGCUGAGCGGCCUUUCAGGUUAUGUCGAUAUAGGACUCAUUUUUACUGUGGAUAUAGAUACUUUUGUACCUGUUUCCUCCAGCAUCUCCACAAGGUCCUUUGCUGUUAUUCUGGGAUUGUUUUGCACUUUUCGCACCAAAGUACGUUAAUCUCUAGGAGACAGAAUGCGUCUCCUUCCUGAGCGGUAUGACGGCUGCGUGGUCCCACGGUGUUUAUACUUGCGUACUAUUGUUUGUACAGAUGAACGUGGUACAUUCAAGCAUUUAGAAAUUGCUCCCAAGGAUGAACCAGACUUGUGGAGGUCUACAAUUUGUUUUCUGAGGUCUUGGCUGAUUUCUUUUGAUUUUCUUCCCAUGAUGUCAAGCAAAGAGGCACUGAGUUUGAAGGUCGGCCUUGAAAUACAUCCUCAGGUAUACCUCCAAUUGAUUCAAAUUAUGUCAUUUAGCCUAUCAGAAGUUUCUAACACCCUGACAUUUUUUUUCUGGAAUUUUCCAAGCUGUUUAAAGGCACAGUCAACUUAGUGUAUGUAAACUUCUGACCCACUGGAAUUGUGAUAGUGAAAUAAUCUGUCUGUAAACAGUUGUUGGAAAAAUGACUUGUGUCAUGCACAAAGUAGAUGUCCUAACCGACUUGCCAAAACUAGUUUGUUAACAAGAAAUGUGUGGAGUGGUUGAAAAACGAGUUUAAAUGACUCCAACCUAAGUGUAUGUAAACUUCCGACUUCAACUGUAUAUAAUAUCUGGACGUUGUUUUUACAUUAUUUUGUUCUUGUAGACAUUUUUUAAAUAGAAAUGUGAUUUCUAGUGGUGGGGGUUCACAAGGACUAACUACGUUUUUUUACUGAAGAGUGAUAAAGAAUAUGCAGAUUUUACCCAUAACCUUAACGUACCUUGUCGUUGUAAACAUCCCUGAGCUUUUCCUGGACAUUUUACCCUUACUCUAACCUGUUACCUCUUUCAACUUCUUUCUCCACUGUUUACUUAUACGCUAUGAAAGAGAAUGGUCACUAGCAAUGUACAUUAUAGGAGACGAGCUAAGCUGAAGAGUAAAGUUAAUGGGUUCUGUUUAUCAUAUGCAAUUUGUAAUAUCAGAAUUCUACGGAUAUGACAUAUUUGCUAUCGUAGUGUAUUCCUACAUCCUACAUCCACAAAAAAAAAAAUAGUUAUAGAUGAGCAGGACAUAGGAAUGUUGACGAGAUGUUAGCAGAUUUCUUUGAACAUUUGGUGUGUGAAUAUUUGUAUACCAUAGACAAACGAAUAAAGCAUAACAAUGCUG